AUGGCAGAAGAGGCAGCGCAAGCAGCGCCAGCAGUGCCCAAGGUGACUGCACCAGCACUGGCUUCCAGGUUGGCGAGUUCCGGCUUGAGCUUGCCCAAGGUCCCAGCAAGCUGCAGCUCCCUGGCUCCAGUCCCGGUGCCUCGCCUUCGCCAUCCCGUGUGUCCACGAGCUCCUGGAAAGGCGGAGAACGCAGGGGUGGAGCAUGGGAGGGGCGUGGCAGGUAGCUGGGGAGGUGGUGUGGCAGGCAGCCAGGACAACGAGCGGCCCGGCCCAGAGGAAAACCGAAACGCCUUCAACAUCGCCGAGAUCGAACGCAAGCACUGGUGCUGUGUUUCGGAGAAGCCUGGACCAAGGAGAGCCGCCCCCCGUGCCAUUUUCCGCAGCACGGAGCUCCAGAGGAAGCAGAGGCUAGGACCCGACGUGGACGCCACGCUGUCGCUGGAGGAGUGGGUCAAAGCGCCUCGGUAUGCCUUGGCAUGGGGCGCUUUCGGUGGUAUGAUCUUCUUUCAGCACCUUCACCUCAGCCCCAAAGACCGACGCAUCGUGGUCUGCGACGCGGUCUUUUCUUCCCGGCCCUUUAGGUCUGCUUUGGCGACAGUCCUCUUCAAGGUCUUCUCGGUGCACUCGCUGUGCUUCGUGUUGGAGAACGUGCUACCUCUGUACUUGACGGGCUUGCAUACGGGCCUGGUGAUCGACCUGGGCUACAGCUCCUCUCGCGUGUUGCCCACCUUCGCUGGGGUCCCCGUGCUCUCCGCCUUCAGCGACGCCUCCUGUGGCGCCAAGCACCUUCUUCAGGCUCCCACUUCCUUAGUUCCCACUCUCAUCGAGGCACUGAAGGUCUCCUUGUCCACGAGCGAAGAGGCCGCCAAGGCCCUGGAGGACGAAACGCUCCUGGCUCCUCGGCUGAGCCACGCGGCGGAUCGCAUGGGGGCGGAUCGCUGGGAAGAUUGCUUAGUUUGUGCCUGCUACGUGGCGUGUGACUUUCCAGAGGACCGGACACCUUCGCCGUGGGACGCAAACGUGCGGAUCGCGGGCUCCGAGAAAGGCUUGCGGGUCCCGGCCGCCUGCCGGUGCGCUGCCACGGACACUGGGCGUGGUUUCGGUUUGGACCGGACGGGUUGCGGACGGUCCGAGUAG